CACAGAGAGGCAGCUCCAGACGCACAGCAGCACCGCUCCGCUUCCAGUCUCUGUCCGGGAGCCCACAUCAUGCAUGGAGGCAAGAGAGGACUGGUGGCUCCGCAGAACACCUUCCUGGAGAACAUCGUCCGGCGCUCCAGCGAAACCAGUUUCCUGUUGGGGAAUGCACAGAUUGUGGAGUGGCCGGUCGUAUACAGCAAUGAUGGAUUCUGCAAGCUGUCCGGAUACCACAGAGCUGAGGUCAUGCACAAGAGCAGCACAUGCAACUUUAUGUUUGGUGACUUGACCGAUGCAAAGACCAUCGAUAAUAUCAGACAAACCUUUGACAACUAUGAGUCCAAUUUCUACGAGGUACUUCUCUACACAAAGCACAGAAAACCAAUAUGGCUUUACAUGCAGAUAGCUCCUAUCAGAAAUGAAAACGACAAGGUUGUGCUUUUUCUCUGCACCUUCAGAGACAUCACACUUUUCAAGCAGCCCAUUGAAGACGAAUCAGCUAGAGGAUGGACAAAGUUUGCUAGGCUCACCAGGGCUCUGACCAACAAUCGCAAUCUGGUGCAGCAGCUGGCCCCGCUGAACAAGACCGAGGUCAGCCACAAGCCCUCCAGACUGGCUGAGGCUCUCCAGUUGGGAUCGGACAUUCUCCCACAGUACAAGCAGGAGGCCCCCAAGACUCCCCCUCACAUCAUACUCCACUACUGCACCUUCAAGACCACCUGGGACUGGAUCAUCCUCAUCCUGACCUUCUACACCGCCAUCAUGGUGCCGUAUAACGUUUCCUUCAGGACCAAGCAGAACAACCUGGCGUGGCUGGUGGUGGACAGUGUGGUGGACGUGAUCUUCCUGGUUGACAUUGUACUCAACUUUCACACCACCUUUGUGGGUCCAGCUGGGGAGGUCAUAUCAGACGCCAAGCAGAUCCGGAUGAAUUACCUAAAGACGUGGUUCGUCAUUGAUCUGCUGUCUUGUUUGCCAUACGACAUCAUCAACGCCUUUGAACAUGUGGAAGAGGAUCCGGUCCCACAUCCAUCCCCAGGGAGUCAUCUCCGUGAUUUUACCCACUUUCACAGGAAUUUUACUCGAGCUGAAGACUCUGUUCUCCCGGGUCUCAGCAGCCUCUUCAGCUCCCUGAAAGUGAUCCGCCUGCUGCGUUUGGGUCGAGUGGCACGAAAGCUGGAUCACUAUCUGGAGUACGGAGCAGCCGUCCUGGUUCUGCUGGUGUGCGUCUUUGGACUGGUGGCCCACUGGCUCGCCUGCAUCUGGUACAGCAUCGGGGACCAUGAGGUCAUCGAUGAAACCACCAACAACAUCAAGACGGACAGCUGGCUCUACCAGCUGGCUCUGAGCAUGGGAACCCCGUACCGAUACAACGUCAGUGGAAGGGGCCAGUGGGAAGGCGGGCCCAGCAAAGACACCCUGUACAUUUCUUCUCUCUACUUCACCAUGACAAGUCUCACCACCAUCGGGUUUGGCAACAUCGCUCCAACCACAGACGGAGAGAAGAUUUUCUCUGUGGCGAUGAUGAUGGUGGGCUCGCUGCUGUACGCCACCAUCUUUGGAAACGUCACCACCAUCUUCCAGCAGAUGUACACCAACACCAACCGCUACCAUGAGAUGCUCAACAACGUGCGCGACUUCCUUAAGCUUUAUCAGGUUCCCAAAGGUCUGAGCGAGAGGGUCAUGGACUUCAUCGUCUCCACCUGGGCCAUGUCUAAGGGCAUCGACACGGACAGGGUUCUGUCCAUCUGUCCCAAAGACAUGCGUGCGGACAUCUGUGUUCACCUGAACAGGCAGGUGUUCAACGACCAUCCUGCUUUUCGUCUGGCGAGCGACGGCUGUCUGCGCUCCUUAGCCGUGGAGUUUCAGACCACGCACUGCGCACCUGGAGACCUCAUCUUCCACAUUGGAGAGAGCGUGGAUACGCUCUGCUUCGUCGUCUCCGGUUCACUCGAAGUCAUCCAGGACGAUGAGGUCAUCGCCAUCCUUGGUAAAGGGGAUGUGUUUGGAGAUGUGUUCUGGAGGGAGACGACGCUGGCUCGGUCCUGUGCAAACGUGCGAUCGCUGACUUACUGCGACCUCCACGUCAUCAAGAGGGAAGCUCUGAUGAGGGUGCUGGACUUCUACACAGCGUUCGCCAACUCCUUUUCCCGCAACCUCAUCCUGACCUGCAAUCUACGAAAACGGGUCAUCUUCAGGAAGAUCGCAGAUGUGAAGAGGGAGCAGGAGCGGCAGAAGAGCGAGGUGGCGCUCUCCAUCCCCGAAGACCAUCCUGUUCGCAAACUGUUCCAGAAGUUCCGACAGCAGAGAGACGCUCAGACGACAGAAGAGUCACACUUUGAUCACAAUUGCAUCCAGGUGGAGGCGCAGCAUCACACCCCCCCAGACUUGGACUCCAGCCGUCAGCAGCAGCCGGCAGACACUCCAUCUUCAGAGGAACAGAUUGAUAAAAAUGCUCAACAGACUUUUGAGCAUCCUGAGAAGAACAAGCGAAGCUGCAUCCAGGUCACUGUGGAGUCUAGACCCAGACAGUGUCAGCAGAGCGGUACGGGUGGAGCUCCGGCGGGAGGCAGCAGCAGAGGCGCCCGAGGCUGGGCCAGGUUUAAAGUGGCCACUCCUGCAGAAGCAACACAUCCCGCUGUGGAGGAGGAGACACAGGAGCAAGAAGCUUCACAGACCUCAGAACAGUUUGAGCCUGUCAGCAAGAGCCAAGAAACAGAGGAGGGUCCACACACGGAGGGCCUGGAGGGUGGGAGCACUGCAGGAGAGGCGGGGGACCAAACAGGUUUCAUGCACAAAACAGACUCCUGUGACAGCGGCAUUACCAAGAGCGACCUGCGCAUCGACCGAGCAGGAGACUUGAGGAGCUCGUUUGAGAGGAGCCCGAUGGAGAAGAGUCCCCUGGAGAGGAGUCCGUUUGAGCACAAUCCGGGUGUUUACACCGAGGUCUCCAUCAGACAGGCCUUCAUGCAGCCAGCCUCUGAACAAACUCUGCUCCAAGCAUCACUGCAUGAAGCCAAACUGGAGCUGAAGGGAGACAUUAAAAGACUGAGCAGUCGGCUUUCACUCCUGGAGUCGCAGGUGAGCGAGAUCCUCAGACUGCUGUCGGUGAAACGCAGACUUUCACUGCCUCCAGUUUCUGCCAGAGCAAGGAUGAAAAGUCAAGACUGUGUUACGUCUUCCAGGCCGGUUUCACCCAAAACGGAAUAUUGACUUUAAAAAAAACUGACAUCUUCCAUUCUUCACGCUGCAUGUCUUGCUGAACAGAAGUGACAAUAAAGACUCUUGUGCAUGCAGAAACAGGGAUUUUGUAAAACUAAGUCAGCUAUGCAACCUUUACUCAAAACGAAGAGCAAAUAAACAAAUGCACGAAAACGCUAACUUGAGUCGCUAAUACAGGGUAGAUGAUACCCUACAAAAGGUGCUUUUUGAAAAAUGUCACAUCCUGAGAACAAACGUUGAUUUGUUUUUCCUGCUUUAUUGUGAAAAUCUUUAGAAUCAGGUAAUGUUUGUGCCUUACUGAAGUAAACCACCAAAAAUUACUCCUAUCAACGAAAUUAACUCUUUGUCAUUGUAAAUAUUCAUGGGUUUUGUCUUUUUUCUUGCAAAAUUUGUUUUUCCCGAAAUAAAUAAACACUUCAGCAGGUAAUUACAGCAAAGUUACUGUACUUUCCUCAGGUAUAUUUGUUUGUAACAGACGAUUUAAAUAAUUUAUUGCUGCAUUUGUUUUCUGUGUGACUGAAUAUAGCUUAGUAUAUACCGUAAGGAUGACAGCAUGUGACUGGUAGUGGAUUUAUGUUACUUAUAGUCGUCUUGCACGCAUCCGAAUGAACCGUCAGCUGUAAAACAAAUAACUAAAACUGAUACCCGCUUAUCUUUUGUUGAUGUGGCACAUAAUCAGAGAUGGGUUGGAACGAGUUACUUAAGUAAAAACUGUACUCUAACAUGUAGUUUUGCUGCAUCAACGGAAUGCCUUGUUGCUGCUGUGAAAACUGUAUAUAUGUUCAAAACUUUAUUUAAAAAUAUCUGGAACUAGCAGAAUUUUUCAUUAAUUUAUUUAUUUAUUGUUUACCUGAUUCCAUAAGCUUUAGAUUUGAAAUCAAAUGUCUUUAAAGUGCGACUUUGUACUUCGGUAAUUUAUUUUUCUUGUUAUUUUUUUACUUUUAUUUGAGUAAAUAUACCAUUUUCUUUUUUACUUGUAUCCGAGUUAUAUUGUCUUUAGGAAAAGCUACUCAUAUUUGAGUACAGUUUUUUGGACGCUCAACCCAGAUCUGUACAUUGUUUUUGUUUUCUGCAUGUGAAAAUUAUGACAUGUUAACUGCAUUUUUGCAAAUGGGUAUUAACACCAUAUUUCAAAAAUAAAUAACCUCCUUAAGAGGUGAGUUGUGUGAAAAAUUCUUAACAGUGAAGAGACCAGAAAUAAUAUAAAUAUAAAAAAGUGUUUUUAAAUUAAUGCUGUUAGAAAAUAAAAUUAAUUUCAAAUGUGCAUAGGGUUUCAGUAUUAUGGAAGUUUUUCCUGAUAAAGACUUCAAUAUGCAGUACUGCUGUUCUUAAAAUUUGAUUUUUUUGAGAAACUUGAAAGAGAAAUCAGAACAUUGGCUUUAAAGACUUUAUAAUACUCUGUAACCGGAUUUUAAAAAAAAUCAUAGAAAAACCUGCAAUCUCAUUGUUUAAGGCUUAUGUGGGAAAAAUAAAGGUAUUUAAAAACAA